AUGUGUCUCUCGGUACGUUCUUCGUCGGAUCCUGUGCCUAAGGAUGAGGGGAGGGAAGGGAGGUUCUGGCGCCGCAAGGCACCCAACGGUGAGAAGCCCCGGACGAAGAAACGCGCCCUCACGAUGCCCUUGUGGUCUACAUCCAACAAGACCUCGGCCAACACCCUGAAGGGUAUGGUCGGCCUCACCACCAUCCUAGCACCUACGCGCGACGGCUUCCACUUCAAACUCGCCCAGCCGAUGCCCUCCAUCAACGUCACAAACGUAGACGGCGCAACCGACCCUUCCUCUUCCUCUGCCAACUCCGACCACAAGGAUACCCCCGCCACCUCGACCUCCGACGAGAUCCUGCUUAGUUUCGCCAUACAGAACCGUCUGAAAAAGAUCUUUGACGACCUGCGCUCGCGACGUUCCUCGUUAUCACGCGAUCCUUUUGUGACCCGAGAGCAGCUGCUCGUAUUCCUCGAGAAAACCCAGGGCGAGGACGAUGUGGAGAACAUCCUACCCGAGGACAAGGAGAGAUACAAUUUUGGCGAGUUCCUCGAGACUUGGUGGACUCACUACGGAUGGGAUGCCGUUCGCCCCCUGAAGAGUGAGGACAAGGACUUGGCCCGCCCCAUUACGAACUACUUCAUCAGCAGCAGCCACAACACGUACCUAGAAGGCAACCAGCUCGCCUCCAAGAGCUCGCCCGAGGCCUACAGGGCGGUUCUCCGCCGGGGAUGUCGGUGUAUCGAGAUCGAUGUCUGGAACGGAGACACCCCCAUCACAACUCAAGAGGGCGCCCGGCCCGAUCAUUCGAGGAACCUCUCGGGCUCAUCCCUGCCCAACGUGGCGGCAAGCGUCAAGGAGACUGUCGAAGAUAUUCUGAUUGACCGCAACGGCCAUGGCAGUGGCCACAGCAGGAACCCGAGCAACGCCAGCAGGUCUCUCAACCCUCGCGAUAGUACCACACUGCUGGGCCCGAGCGAGUCCACAGAAUCCCUGGGCAAUACUCUUCGUCCGCAAUCCGCAGGCAAGAACCGUCUGCCGUAUCCCAAAGAUGAACCGAUUGUGACCCAUGGCUGGACCCUGACGACCCCGUGCGGCUUCCGGGAGGUGUGUAGGGCCGUUCGCGAGUCCGCCUUCGAGACCAAUGACCUGCCCAUCAUAGUCAGUCUCGAGGUCCAUGCCGACAAGGAACAGCAGGAGGUCAUGGUUAAGAUCAUGAAGCAAGAGUGGGAGGGCAUGCUGAUCGACAAGUCCUGGGAGGGCAUUGACCCUCGUUUCCGUCUCCCAAAACUCGAGGAGCUGAAGCGCAAGAUACUCGUCAAAGUGAAGAAGGCGCCUAAUAAGAUCGAAGUACCUGUCAGCACGACGGCGCUGUCGCGGGUCUACGCCAACGACGAGGACGCCUCGGGCUCGGACGACGAGCGUAUCAAGGAAGUACCAAAGACACCAAACACGCCCAGAACCGACACUCCCGUCAAGAUCCACAGCGGCAGUGAGGCGCCUACAAGCGCCAAGGUGGCCAUCUGUCAGGCACUUAGCAGCCUGGCCAUCUACACGCACAGCGAACACUUUAAGAGUUUCGAGACGGCGGCGGCUAAGAAGCCGAGCCACAUCUUUUCGAUAAGCGAGAGCAGGAUUCUCGAGCUGCACGCAACCAAGGCUCGCGAAAUGUUCACUCACAACAAAAACUUCUUCAUGCGGGCCUUCCCCAACGGCGCGCGUGUCGACAGUUCCAACCCGGAUCCCAGUCUGUUCUGGCGGAAGGGUGUGCAGAUGGUCGCUCUCAACUGGCAGUACCUCGACGAAGGCAUGAUGCUGAACGAGGGCAUGUUCGCCGACGAGCAAGGGUGGGUUCUCAAGCCUAUCGGCUACCGCAGUUGUGACAAGGACACCGUAACCGAAGUCGAUGCCGCGCCUCAGGGUGACCUGGAGCUUGCCGUCACCAUUAUUGCCGGCCAACAUAUCUGGGCCGCCAGUGACUCCGACAGCAACAGCAGCCGCGCCAAGCACCUCCGGCCGUUUGUCAAGUGCGAGCUCCACGUCGAGAUCGGAGCCGUGAACGGCAAAGCCGCCGACGAAGACGACUUCAAGCUCAAGACAGGGUCGAGGAAGACAGACCACCCCGAAUGGGAGAACGGAGCCCGGCUGAAGUUUCCCAAGAUCUCGAGGGUGGUGGAAGAGUUGAGUUUCCUCAGAUUCAAGGUCGAGGAUGACCCGAUUCUCGGCAGCGAUGAGCUACUGUCGUGGGCUUGCAUCCGGCUCGACCGGUUGCGACCAGGCUUCCGCUUCAUCCGUCUCAUGGACAUCAAGAACCGUCCGAUCGAGGGCGGCAAGUUGCUCGUCAAGAUCGACAAGGUGGUGCGGUAG